AUGGUGAGGCUCACUGCAGACUUGGUAUGGAAAAGCCCUCAUUUUUUCAAUGCCCUUAAGGAGCGAGAGUUAGAUCUUCGAGGUAAUAAGAUAGCUGUAAUCGAAAACUUGGGAGCUACAGAGGACCAAUUUGACACCAUUGAUUUGUCUGACAAUGAAAUUGUCAAGCUGGAGAAUUUACCCUAUCUUAAUCGCUUGGGUACUUUGAUUAUCAAUAACAAUCGAAUUACCCGUAUCAAUCCCAACAUUGGAGAGUUCUUGCUGAAGUUACACACCUUAGUACUUACCAACAACAGGCUGGUCAACUUGGUAGAGAUUGAUCCUCUUGCAUCCCUUCCGAAGUUGCAGUUUCUUAGCCUGCUGGAUAACAACAUCACAAAGAAACCCAAUUACAGGCUGUAUGUGAUCCACAAGUUAAAGUCACUUCGGGUUCUAGAUUUUAAGAAGGUGAAAAACAAGGAGAGAUUGGAAGCACAAACUUUGUUCUCAUCUAAAGAAGUUGAAGAAGAGACUAAAAAGGUAUCCGCAAAAACUUUUGUGCCAACUGAGGUUCCAAAUGUUUCAGAUGUUGCCGAGGAACAACAGACACCAAAAGUAGUUGCCCCCACUCCCGAGCAAAUUAUGGCUAUCAAGGCUGCCAUAGUGAAUUCCCAGACUCUUGAAGAAGUUGCAAGACUUGAACAGGCACUGAAAUCAGGUCAGCUUCCUGCGGAUUUGAAAAUCUUGGAUGAUGAUACCGAGACAAAUAGUGUUAACGUAAAUGAUGAUAAAAUGGACGUCAAUAGUGAAAAUGAGGCUAAUGCACCAAAAGAUGUGGAUGAACAGAAGAAAGAUGAAGCAGAACCCAUGGAACAGAAAGGUCUUGUUUUCUCUAGGUAA